CUUCAGAUAGGAUAGAUUUCGAAAUGCCUGCAAAAUUUAAUGGUGCAGGAUAUAAUAAUUUUUUAACAAAUAAAUUAUCAGAAUUGAUCGAAAUUGUGCCAUUAAAUAUACGACAGCAAAUGAUAUUUCAGCAUGAUCGGGCACCACCGCAUAAUGCGCGACGUAUAAGACAAACGUUAAACGAAAAAUUUCCAGAGAGGUGGAUUGGUCGAAAUGGUCCCAGAAGCUGGCCGGCACGUUCUCCAGAUUUAAUUCCGUUGGAUUAUUUUUUAUGGGGUCAUAUAAAAGAAUAUGUUUAUAGAGAGCAAAUCCAAAAUUGCGAAGAAUUAGACAAUAGAAUUACCGAAGCCAUUGCAACUGUAACACCGGACAUGAUUAGAAAUGCAAUAAUAAGUCUUUUUCAAUGCGCAAGAUUAUGCAUUUAAUGUAAUGGUGGUCAUUUCGAACAUCUCUUAUAAAUUUUUCUAAUAUUCAAUAUUUGUUAGUAACAAUUAAUAAAGUUAUGUUGUUAAAAUUAA